AUGGAUCAAGGGGAUACAGUGGAGAGGAUGGCUGCUGCGUUUUCGAUUGACGAUGAGGAUGAGGAAGGACUGAUCUUUGACAAUGUUGCUGUGGAUUCCUCGGAAAUAGACGAUAGAUGGCUUUUGGUGGGAACGUUUUUAACAAAUCGUGCCAUCGAUUUUCAGGCAAUGCAAAAUAAAAUUGCCACUCUAUGGCAACCAGGAAGGGGACUUUAUGUGAAGGAAUUAGAGCCGAAUUUAUUUUUGUUUCAAUUUUACCAUGAAGUGGACAUUGAAAGGGUUAUUGAAGGAAGCCCAUGGACGUUUGAUAGAGCGCCAUUAAUUUUUGAGAGGGUGAAACAAGGGGAAAAUCCGAGGCAGGUAGUGUUAUCACACCUUGAAUUGUGGGUUCAAAUACACAACAUGGUGACUGGUUUUAUGUCGGAAAGAAUCAUUCAAGGGAUUGGUAACUAUAUUGGAAGGUUUGUCAAGUCCGAUCCGAAUAAUUUUCUGGGUGUUUGGAGGGAUUACCUUCGCAUUCGAGUCAAGAUACGUGUGGACAAGCCAUUAAAAAAGAAGAAAAAACUGGAGAUACAAGGGGGGCCGGUUUGUCAUGUCUCUUUCAAGUAUGAGGAUUUGCCAACUUUUUGUUACAUUUGUGGUAUCCUCGGCCACACCGAGAGGUUUUGUGAGAGGUUGUUUGAUACGCCCAGAGAUCAAAUAGUCAAAAGCUAUGAUGAGGAGUUGCGGGCGGUUCCUAGACGACGACGUUAUGCUGAUGGAUCGAAGUGGUUGAAGUCGGGUCUGGCUAUGAAAACUGGUAUCCCGGCGGCAAGGGCCUUUACCAGUAACAGUUCAGGCGGUGGUUCGUCUCAGGGGACAAGAGGAGCCGAUCAUCAUCAAAUCCCAAUCGCUAGAAAUCCGGGUGACUCUUUAUUACCCAAUAAUCAUGCCAAUUUUGAUAAAAAUCUUUAUGGGGAGUUAAGAGAUGCACGACAUUUAGGGAAAGAAAAAUCCCUUGAAAUAAGGGAAUUGAAUGGGGAAGAAAGUGAGUUGGCGCCAGGGGAAAAUAAUUCAAAUGAAGGGCUGACUUUUAUUGAUAAUAAAAGGAGGAGAAUGGGCUUGGUUGAUGGUAGUGGGCUGGUGAAUGAAGAGGAAAUAGAGGUAACUAAUAAAGCCCAUGAAGACAUUAUUUUUACUGAAAUGGAUGUUGUGUGUGAUAGUGGAAAAGUGGCAGUGGGCUCUUCGGGUAGUCCAAAAAACUUUGUUGGGGCGGGCCUUGGUUUCCAAGCCCGCCAAUCAUUAUGA